AUGACGAGUUCCAAAGAUACGGAUUCUUUGGAGACACCAGAGCGAACAUGUUUCGGGAUACCUCUCUCUGCACUGGCAGUAUGCAUUGCCUUAUCUCUCACUGUCGGACUAAUUGGCAUGGACGGCACAAUCGUCGGUGUAGCCACUCCUGAAAUCACGACCGAACUCGGAAGCCUCGGUGAUGUUGGAUGGCUUGGUUCCGCGUACUUCUUGGCCGCAGCAGCAUCUCAACUAGUCUUUGGCGCUCUCAAUCGAGUGGUCCCGCACAAACAUGUCUAUAUUGCAGGAAUCUUCUUGUUUGAGCUCGGAUGUUUACUCGCCGGGCUAGCGACAACUUCUACAAUGUGUAUCGUUGGUAGAGCAUUUUCUGGCUUAGGCUGUUCUGGAGUCGUAUCAACUUCAUUAGUACUCGUAACAGAAAUUCUACCUCCUGGCCGCCUCCCGCUCAUGAUCGGUGUCUUGGGCGCCAUGGAGUUAGUUGGCCAGAUCACAGGUCCCCUCAUCGGUGGGGCCCUGACAGAUAACGCGUCAUGGAGAUGGUGCUUCCUGAUCAAUGUACCCAUGGGAACAGUGGCUGGUGCAGUCGUUUUCUUCCUGCUCAGAACGCACCGGAAGCCUUGGAAGACCAUCUUCCAAGAGCUGAAGUUGAUUGAUGGUAUCGGCAUUCUCAUCUUGACACCGGCAAUCGCUCUCAUUUUGUUCGUCGUCCAGUCUGGAGGCAACACGUUCGCAUGGAACAGCGCAGAGUCCAUCAGCAUGUUGACAGUGGGGUUCGCUCUCCUUGUGGCGCUCCUAUUCUGGGAGCAUCGAAAAGGCGAGGCUGCUGUCAUCCCUCUGGCACUAUUCAAGAACCGCAGCAUCUCUUUCGCUGCAGCUUUUGCUGUAACGGCUGGCAUGGCCAUGGCCUUGUUCGACUACUACAUUCCUCUCUGGAACCAAGUCAUCAAAGGCUACUCAGCUGCACGAUCUGGCAUCUUGCUUUUACCACUCAACGCUUGUUCCGCUGUCGGCGUGAUGGCGGGAGGCCUUCUUGCGAAUACCAUCGGUCGCGCCAACCCUGUGAUGCUCCUCGGUGGUACUCUUACAGCAAUCGUAUCCGGUCUUUUCAGUACCAUCACCAUGACCAGCAUUGACUCCCGUAUCAUGGGAUUCUCAGCAUUGGCGGGUUUUGCGGCUUUGGCGUCACAACAGCCCAUCGUUGUGGCUCACAACGCUGUCGAGACCAAGCUAUCGCCAACUGCUAUCUCUAUGAUGCUCUUCAGUAGCAUGGUGGGCAGUGCAAUCAGUCUGGCUAUCGCCCAGGCGGUAUUUCUCAACAAGCUUCAAGGCAACCUUCGUCCAGUCGAGGGAGUCGACGUGGACAAAAUUAUCCGAAGCGGCGCGACUGAGCUCCGCCACAUCGUCGAUCCCUCAUUAUUGCCAAAGGUUCUCGAACUAUACAAUCUUUCAAUUGUCCAAGUAUUCUAUAUGGCAUUAGCUGCUGGUAUUGCCAUGACAGUAGCGUCACUUUUGGUCAAGUGGACAAGAAUUCUGGAAAAGAAGCCAAAAGACACAGAAAAGUGUGAACCUUCUCCAGUCAGAUCAGCCGGUACUGGUGUGAUUGAGCCUGAGGAGAGAGAAAACACCGAGACAACCACAGAAACGAUUAUUGAGAAGGAUAAGGAUUGA